GACGUCAGCGACGUCCGUCUCCGCACAUGGAUGGAGGAGUGUAGAGGCUCCGUCAGUGCUCGCUCGCUCGCUCGGCUCUCCCCCCGCCCUCCUCUGACUUCUCCAGCAGCUAUUUGCCAGACAGCCUCAACGACUCAGACAGUCAGCCAGCCGCUCACCGUCCUGCUGCUGCGCGGACUCCCGUCUUCUCCCUCCGAGCCCCGGCGUCGUUUUUACACCGUCUGCGAGGAUCUCCACGGGCCGGUCAGCGAGUUUGGUCGCGUCUUUUUAGGGGGGGAAUUUCAGCCUCGUGUGUGCGAGUUUUGUUCUCCGGUUGCCCUUCAAGACAUAUGGAGAAAAUGGCCAGACCUCUUCCUCUAAACCCAACUUUCUUACCGCCGACCCACGGCGUGCUGAAAUCCCUGCUGGAAAAUCCGCUGAAGCUGCCUUUCCAUCACGAUGAAGGUAUGUUUUUUUUUUUUUUUAAUCCAAAAUUCCAAAGUUAAUAUGCGCGCAAGCUGACUGCUCCUGCCUCCUGUAUCUGUAGUGUCUCUCCGCUGUGUUUUAUCAGCCAACACACAUUCAUGGCUUUGACAGAUGAAACGCAGUAAGGGACACCGGUUAAACUAAUUAAUCCGUAGUGACGCAUCUUAAUAUUUUACAAUCUUUGUCGAAAUUUGAAAUCAUAUUAUCGAAUUAGUUUAACGUCCUUCAGAGAUAGUGAAAAUGAGAGAUAACUGUCUUGGUCAAAUAUUUGUUGACUGACAUAUUGACUUGAACUCCAGCUCAAAGUGACAAGCUAAGCAUAUAAAGCAUGGCAAGCAUAUAAAGUCUAUUAACGCAAUACUGAAGUGCUUGUUAUCAUGUUUACACAGUUUUAGCUCGUAGGUGCGUUUUUAACCUUUAAACCCUCACGGCUGCAAUAAGAUUACAGUAGUAUUACCACAAUUUGUCGAUAGAGGGCGUCUUUUCUGCUCUGUUGCUGUGUAUACUUGCAGCACUCCCAUUAUUUGUAUUGAUAAAUGUAUUGGAUAGUGAACUAUCAAACAUGAAAUUACACCCAGUUUGUCUUCAUAGUUAACAGAAUAUUGACCUGAAUAUAGAAAAAAGACAUUUUUUUAAACAAGUUUCCUAAAUAUUUUUGUUUUUGUUUUUUUUUUCUGGUAUGAAAAUGAUCAAUAAUUUUGUGCCUUUUUUACAUAUAUACUUUGUCAGGAUAUUUUCCUGUGUAAUCUUAGAAACACUAAGGUUGUUUCUGAAGGGAAAAAAACUCAAAUAAAACAUUUUACUCAGAAAAAAAGAUAAUAAACAAGCAUUUGAAAUCAUUUUAAAUGGCCCUAUUAGCAGAAUAAAAUGUCAGAAUUUGUUUUUAAGGAUUUUAAUGACCAUGCAAACAGAAUCAUGUCAUUUUCACGAUUUAGAAAUCAGUUCAAUUCACUUUCAGCAGCUUCAUUUGGGUGUUUAGUUUGUACACACAAGGCAUAAACAAACACAACAAUGUACAAACAAUAAUAAAUUAAACAAAAGAGAUGUGAUACGAGAAAAAAAUUCCCCCGAAAAACACUGGGAUUAAACAGAUUGAUAAAUAAACUUGAGUAGAGGAAAAAAGGAGUGGUCCACCAAAAGGAUAAAGGACCAGUCUUUGUAAAAGGAUGAAAAGCCCUUAGAGAAAUAAAAAAAACAGGGAGUGUCUUGGAGUGAUUUUUUUUACGUCAUUACAAAUCCCUCUUCAAAGGGAACCUGAAGCAACUUAUUUACUCCUAUAAGGGCCUCUGGCGGCGCAUGCUUUCUUUUUUCUUGAAUAAAUUGUUGAAUUGACCCUUUAAGAUGAAGUCCCAGGCAGACUUUCUAUUUAUACCCACGCUGUGACCCGUGAUUUCCUUCUGCCGUGAGACAAUGAAAUGACUGUGUACAAACAUUUACAGGGUUUGGGAAAGACAAGGAGAAAGAGAAGAAGUUGGACGAUGAGGCCGCCACCGCCAACCACCCGCAGUCCGCCUUCCUCGGGCCGACUCUGUGGGACAAGACCCUGCCGUACGACGGGGACAAUUUCCAGCUGGAGUACAUGGACCUGGAAGAGUUCCUGUCGGAGAAUGGCAUCCCCGCCAACACAGCCCAGAGCGACCCAACCCCGCAGGCUCCUCAGCCGGCGCAACAGGCCCCGGCACCCGCCCCGCCCACCCCCACCACGCCCUCUGUGGUGGACCUGAGCAGUCGCGCCACCACCUCUGUUCACACAGGCAUGGCUCCUCAGCCCUGCCUCCACAGCCCCGCCACAGCAGGUAGGAAUCACAUGCAGAGCAGCCUGAUGUGCGCACCUGAACGCCAGGGUUCACACUGUUGUUCACACCUCAUGAAUGACAGGGGAGGGUUUAGAGACCUGUUAAUUUACCCGUCACACACACACAAACACACACACUCCCUCAUUGUCCAACUGUCGUAUCCUAACAGAGAACAAGCUGCUGAGUUUCCCUGAUGCCGUUUUUUUUUCAUCCUUCAGUCCCUGCUGCUUUAGCUUCCCCUCAUUAGAGCUUUUCAGCACAGGUCAGAUCCACUAUGACGUACUUCAGCUCUGAUUUACAGCCCUGAACUGGACUUUAGACCCCCAGAGUACAGCUCGAACAGGCAAAAGAAGCAGCACGGUCUAAUUCACAAAGCUCUGAUUGGCAGAGAGGCCUCUGUGCCAUGACUCAUGUUUACUGUAGGGUUGUUUCUUUGUGCUUUGGUGGACUCCAAGUUUGUUUUUCUACUGUUCGAGUCUGAUUUGUUGGUUUCAUUUCCAUGUCCAAGAGCUUGGAGGUUUGGGGUGAUUAAAAAUGUGCUGGAAUCAGUCAGUCAUUGGAGCUUAAUUUACUCUUUGUCCUGCAGUGCAGACUUUAAUGUGAUUAAUUUUUUAAGGCGAGAUGUUGAUUAAUGGAGUUGCUUUUGGUCUCCGAGACCUAGAAUAAUAUUUGAAAACAGUCACUAAAAUGUAACCCAAUUCCAAAAGAGCUGGGGCGCUGGUUUGCAAAUCAUCAAAAGCAGCACAAAGACAACAUAUUGACAUUUAAGCUGCAAAUUUGGUUGUUAAAUUAAAAAUAUAUACUCAUCUUAAAACCCGUGGUAGUUGUUUGUUUCUAAAAGGUCAUUACAGGGUCAUGUUUACCAUCAUGUGACAUCAACUCUUCUUUACCAGCACUCUGUGAAUGUUAGUGAAUCCAGGAGAAAGUGAACUGUUGUCUCAUUUUUUGCCUGAUAAAGGAUUUUAGCCACGCAACCAUUCAGGGUCAUUUUGUUGUAACAGCAUUCACCUGUUAUUCUAAUUGCGCUCUAAACACUUACACAGUCAUCAUGGCUAAGCUGUCAUCCCAUGCACAUAAAUAAAUCUUUCCUUUUUUGGCUAAUGAUACUUUUCCCUCGAAGUAUCCAUUUACCAUCCCAGUUGUGAGUGCUGAUAAUAAGUUGGAUUGGUGUUCUUCAGAGCCGAGGAUGCUGCAUCCAUGAUUUCCAAACACAAAUCUCAAAGUUUGAUUUGUUAGACGUCAUGUCAGACCGGGUUUUCAUCGGGUUUUCUCUUUGCAUGGUUCAGUUUUGACCUGCAUUCAUGGAUGUAUUCAUUCACAAUUUGUUGGGAUUUUUUGAAGUGAUUUAAAGCUGAUGCAUGUCGAGUUUCAGGAUUGGUAAUAUUAUGUUCUGUAAACAAUGAAAUCCACUAUUUUUUUGAGACUUUGCUCUGAGGAAGGUUUUCUGAAAUCGCUGAAGAAUUAGCUCAUGCUGUCUCUCUCCUCCCAUCUCUUCACAGUCAUGUUUACUAACCUGCUGCAGAGAGUUUUGUUGUCACUGUGGCAACUUUGUCGAGACAUUUUCCCACAUAUCAAAUCUGAUAUGUCGUCUUUCUUUGCUCUAUAUUUAAUUAAAAUACUCUAAAAUUCUCUUUCUACAACGUUUUUGUCCCAACUUUAGAGGAAGUGGGGUUGUACUGAAAAGCUGGGCGUGAGUCUCAAAGCGAGUACACCCUCUUUUUUCUACUGAGGACAUGUUAUUUUGCAGAUAAGUCACACUGUUGCUGCUUAAAUGGAUCUUUCCUUGGUGUAAAAUCAUGUUAUGCCACCGAGUUGACAGUAAGUAGUCAGCCGGUAUUUAGACUGGAGUGUUAAACCGUGUUAGUGAGUUCUUUAAGCUGCUGCCAGACGCUAUUUAUUUGGGUUUUCAAUUCCUCAGACACCAGAACGAUUUGAACCUUUUAAAUGAGCCGACCUUCACUGUAAACACAAACAGGGCCAAGUCUCAACAGGCAAAAACACGACCGCGCGACCUCUAGAGACGUUCAGUGUUUCAAACUGAUUAAAUCUGUGUGUGAGGCCGACUUGGUGUGUUGUACCUGUAAACGCAGCUGAGGUGUGGUCCUGCUGAACAGCAGUGUGUUUUGUUUCACUGACAGGACCUCAGAGAGCUUGUUAGCCAGCAAUUUCAUCAAAUAUUUAGGAACGACUGUAAUGUUUGCAGACUGAAUUUCUCUGCAAAAGUAACAGCUUUUUUCCGCCCUGAUAUUUGUCAUUUGUCCAAUCCUUUUACUCAUAUUUUGGCAAAAGUUAUCCCUGAAAGAAACAAAACCUCACGGCCACAACAAUAUGUGAAAUAUUGGGACUAUUUGUGCCAAACGUUGGCACAGUGUUUUUUCGACCUCCACAGCUGGUGAGCCACCACCACUGAGACCAUCCUGAUAGCGUGUUUUGUCUUUAUUUUGAAGGUUAAGAAGAAGGAAACCAGUAAUGUGGUGAAUAUGUCCUCAGACACAGACCGACUCUGUUAGUGGUUAGUCACCGGCUAAUAUUAAACCCACGUCAUGGAGCACCUUUAUGACAGAGGUGUGUCGACUUUGGCCGACUUGUUUAGCAGUUAAGAUGGAUAAUAACAGGAAAAAAUAUUCAUACGAUGGCGUGUCAUGGAAAAAGAAAAACACUUCAACAUCGAAAUAUUAAAAUUCAUGAUACGAAAUACAUCUAAAACAUUUAUAAUGAAAGUUUACAGGCUGCAAAUGCUACAGGCAUGACAAUUCCUUUCAUUACUCUGAUAUACUUAGAGCUUUAUUGAUUAACUUUCAACAAGAUUCAACAAGUGUCAAACUGCACAUCCUAAUUAAAGGGGCCUCAUUAACUAUUAAGAUUAAAUGAGGUUCUCUGAAUAAAGUGUGAAAUGACAAGAAUUAAGUCAUAGGAUCACAUUGAAUAAAGGAAAAAAGAGCAAAUUUAUAGGAGUGAAGUUGUAGUUUUAUUUGAAUUAAUAUGUAAAUUUAUAAGACUAAGUUGUUUUUCAAAGAAAAUCAUCUUGUGUAGGAAAUUUUUGAAAGUUUUUAAGAACGAAAAAAAAUUAAACUAUUUAAUUUAUUUAAUAUUUAAGUAUUUUUUAAGAUCAGCCAUAAUGUGGUAAGAAAAAUAAAUUCAAAGAGUUGUAAAACUCCAAAGGUCAAAGUCCGUCUGAUGUGAUUAAAUCAUAAAUAAAGUCAGAUUAUUUUACAAAUUAUAAAGUCUUAAUAUUACAAGACUAAAGUUGUUGAUGGAUAAUAAAUUAAAUCAAUAAAAAAAUCAGAAUUAGGUGUUAGUUCAAUGAAAUUAUCAUCAUUACAGACAAGUUAGAAAUGAAUGGGAACAAAGAUUUUUUAAGAAUAAAAAAUGAAGUAAGACAAAAAAAAUCAAAAAUUUGGUUUGAUAGUCACAAACUUGCAAUGAUGGCAGAAAUGUAAAGAAAUUAAAAAAAUAUAAAAUAAAUAAAUAAUAAAUAUAUAAAUAAAUAAAACAGAGACUGCAGGUGAGUUAAGGAGAACACGUCAAAUAGACAUGUCUGUACUGACGUAAACCUUUUAAUAUGAUGCAUUAUAUUAUGAUGUUGUAUGCAGUUUUCAUGAUAUUAGAUUUAUGCUGUCAAAUUACAAAAAAAAAAAAAGACAUCAAAAAAAAAAAAAACACGCAAAUGUCAAGCAGUGUCAUACUGGAUAUCCAUUUGUCAAUAGCAGCAAAGUAACAAAGAUAUCAGCCGUAAGCUUUAAGUUAGAGACUGAAACAGUUUUGAUAUAGUUUUAAAAAUAAACACAGAAUGGUCGAGUUCAGUCUUUGUAGCUGCUUACUGCCCCAGAAAGGACUCUUAUCACAGGAAAUGUCUGCGUGAGCUUUAGAAGCUGUUGUUUUAGCCUCCUUCCCCUUUUUCUGUUUUUUUUGCGAAGUUCCUACGAAAUGAAACUUCGCGACCUCGUUUCCAGACGUCAUCGUCAAUUAUUCAGUCGUUACAUCCUGUCAAUACCAUGGAACAGACCACAUUAUCGAAAAAAAGAUGAUUUUUUACAUAUAUGUGACAAACAAAUCAAACAAACCAUCAGUGACUUGACUGACACUUUAUAUAGUCUAACUUCUAAAACCUGAAACUGAUGUGAGUGGAAAAAGCCUCAUUUUCUUAUUCCGUAUGUUACAGUUUCACAAUAAAUGAUAUAUUUGAUCAUCAAAAGUCAGACUUAGUUCAAGCUUUAAGAGGACGUUAAAACAAAAAAGUUUCGUCCACAAGGGUGCCAUAAUGGAAAGUUCCUGACAGGAGCUUUAAAAAGCUUAUUUGCAUGAAAAACAGCUCAAUAAAGAAAGAGAAUUAGGUUUAAAAACUCGGGCACCCUCACUGCAAGCUUGAAUCUAAUUAGCUUUAAUAUAAAUGAUUAUCAGCUACCUUAUUAAUCAAUCAGACGGUUUGUUUUGUUGAAAUAUUUCAGUCACAAGACAUUAUGUCCAAGCAGAAUACCGGGGUGUACGCUGUUUGUUCGGAGAGCAGACCAGACCAAAAUAAAACGAUAUUGAUAUCUAAUUGAAUGUGUUUCCCUCUAAAUGAAACCCACAUGUCCCUGAGUGUAACACGGUAUCUCAGGGUUUUCAACUUCCAGUGUGCAAAGAGGUGUGCAGACGACAUGGAUCAAGUUUGAGCUCCAGUGUGAGAACAGAGCCGUCAGAGAUAACGAGAUGCGUCUGUACAGUACACUUUAUUCCAGCCGCAGUGCAUGUGAGUGUGUGUGUGUGUGCACACGCGUGUAUGUGAAGAGUACAGAGUCCUUUUGUGUGUGUGUGUGUGUGUGUGUUGUGUGUUUUGCUCGGUCUCUGUCUGUGUCUUCACAUUUACCUCUCACGUGAACGCGGCUGGGGUUUCCUGCAGUGUGCUGGGCCAUGUGACAGACACAUGCGGGCGCCGUGUGCAGAACGGAGCUACAAACAGGAGCUUGUCACGGCAUGUAGCUCCCUCCUCCUCCUCCUCCUCCUCCUCCUCUCCCCUUCCUCACUCAACCCCCCCCCCCCCCUCCCUCUCAGAGCUCUCCUCUCCUCUGUCCGGUCUUCCUCUCCCUCCCCGGCCGAGACUGGCUCCGGCACAGCCCCGGACUCGGAGCCAAGGCACAGGCUGUACCCUGUAGAGAUCACAUGGACUCUGGUGUGCUUUUGUCACGUGUGAGCAAUGCUGUUCCAGCUCGGCGAGUCUGUUCUAACCAGCCGCUCCACAGACAACACCACAACAACAAGCCACAAUAACCACAGCACCCUCUGUGCCUACUCCCUGCUGCGCACAACCACGGCAGCAAGGCUCCCGAUAGCAGCAUCGCCACAACAAGACCCGUUUCCGUGUUUUUCUCCGCUGCAGGCGUUCAUUGGGCAGGUUUGCAGGAUCUAAAGGGGAAGUCAGAUGUAGGAGGGGGUCAGAGGGUGUGUUGUUGUGGUGCAUUCCUCUGUAUUGGUCAAGGAAAAGAGGCCCCACUGGGAUACUUAACCGCACAUUCAAGUGGCUAAACAUGGACUUCAUAAGGCAGGAAUAAUUCAUGGCGUCAGAGGCAGGAGACCUUGUCAGACCUGCUCUCUCACCCAGUAUUUCUUCGUAGUACCCUCUGGCCCGGUUUCAUGCAAACUGAGUAGCCUUCCUCUCAGAUGUCUCGUCAUGUGGACGCCUGAGGGCAGGAUCAACAUGUACUACAUGAUCUGGAGGAACAAAGUCCUCCUGACUGCACUUAAUUCUGCAGGGUUUGUCUCAUAAAUCAAUUUGAGGACAUUGGAGUAACUUGUGCAUGAAAUUAACGACAAAAUGAGUCUUGUACAAGUUUCUUUCUGGUUAAAGAACAAGAUGUUCAUCUGCUGUAAAAGAAAUCAAAGUCGUAUAUCUGUCUUUAUCACAUCCUGUCAUUUCAUGAAGGUUUUACUUUGGAUUUAUGGUCAUAAACUCAACCGUUACGUAAUCAGACGAGUUCAAUCACUUUGCAAAUGCAUGAAAAUUGACAUGAAACUUGAAAAACCCCAAACUCAUGAUGGUUUUUUGGCAAAUUUAGUUAAAUAACCCCCUAAAAGCAGUAGUUAAAAGCAUGCUGAAAACAUCAUAAACCUGCAGAAACCAUUAGUCCUGCUGCUCUCCGCUCUUUUCUCAUCCUGUAAGAUUCAUUAGUUUUUGGUUUUAUCAAGUAAGUGUUUUAAAAAGCAUAGAUUUGCAUUCAAGGAAGUUAUUAUGACUUUUUCCCUCCAAAUUAAAUACAAUUUUAUUUUGAAAUAUAAAACUUUUUCUGAAUUUACAGUUUGAAAGCUUUGUGACUCAUACUCAUACUGGUAUUUUGCACAACCUCAGGAUUUUUAGUUCUGUUUUUGUACAUUUUGAUGCAAACUUAUUAUCUUAGAUCCCUUUGUAAGAAGAGUGCCUACUUUUAGGCUCAGACGAUUGAUUAAGCUCCAAGAUUUUGUCUUCUCGGAGUCAUAAAAACAAGAUAACCAAGUUGAAACCGUCGCUGCUUUUUGUCCUAUUUGGCGCACACUCUCCUCAAUCACUGAAGAGCAUGACGGCUUUAAUGCGUCAUCAUCAGGAGCUCAGCAUGAUCCGUACCUAAGAGGCUGUUUACUCCAAAACAUACAGGCGCUAAAUAAAUGUGUGUGGCAACUUUGCUGUUUUUGUUUGUGUACAUUUAGGCAUCUGGGCAGGCAAAACGCAAACUUUUCAAACCAGGCUUUUCAAAACGUGGUCUUUCACUGCAAAGUUGUGGUGACAGCUACUGGUCUGGCGUGCAAACUGCAGCACUUUCUGUUGUUUUUGCAGACCUGAGCGCACCUGAAUUGUCGUAUAAAGGUAGACUUUUGUUAAGAUGCAAAGUUAAGACCUUUCUGUUUUCGCGGAGGAUGUUCUCGUCCAAAUAAAGCCAAAGUUUGAGAGCACAAAGAAGUUUCAAAAUAUUUCUAGGAGGGAAAUGCUGUGCGGCACUGCUCGGGCGAAGAGCUGGUGUGUGUUAGUAAAGCAGAGGGACGGAGUGAGCAGGAGGAGAGAGUGAAUUUUAGAAGAUGACAGGAACGUUUUAUCAAACAAAAACAGUGAAAUGAUUCAUUCUGUUUUCUUUCAUUUAUUUAUAUCUUUAUUUUUAAAAAGUUUGAAGAUGUUUCAUGUCACUACUCGCUAAGCUAUUUGCUAACUCUGGUUUUUCUUUUGGGUAGAUUUAAACAAAAACAAACCACAAAUAUUUACUGUGACAAAAAUAGUAAAAAUCUUAGCUACCUCUAAACAUGGAUACUUAAGAAGUUUUAACCAACUUUGCCUAAAAAAGGGGAAAGGUGAACAUUUCAGGGACUAUUUUCUGUUGUGGAUUGAUACGCAUUCUCAAUUCUUGUUGGCACUGAAGAUGGCAAGAAAGUACUCGUCGGUACGGUGUUUAAUUGAUGGUUUUGGUUUGUUGACAUUACAAACAUCUUGAACGGUAGUCGUGAACACACAGGAACCUGUUUCACCAGUUUUGAUUCAUCUCGUCGAACAAAUCAGAGGGUAGGAUGUCGUUUUGUGUUAUUUCGGGUCUUUAUUUUAGCUCAUUUUGUGUGUAAGAGAAAGAAAAAUUCUGAUUGUAAGACGAUGUUUGGAAAGACUUCAAUGAACUCAGACAGGUUGAAGAAGUGCAUUUUUUGGGACUACUUUCAGCUGCGGAUUGAGACAGCGUUCUUUGCCGCUGUUAAAAAAUGUAUCACAUUGUUUUUGUGGUCAUGUGAACCGGUCAGACUUGUUCCAGGUACUUUGUUCAAUCAAGAAAAUACUUCGAAGCUGAUCAGACUAAAACCUGUUUGGCCUCCAGCUCGACGGCUCUGACUUUAAGACGAAGGAGUGGUUGUUGUUUUUCUGUCCCGUGUCGUUCCUGGGUCAAAGUUCGGCUGCUCGACCGCAUGAUAACACUCACACUGACACUGAUAUGAUCCUGUAGCGUGACAGACCUGCAGCCAGGUGUGUGUGUCAGCAGAAAAAUCUUCGAAUGAAAAAAUAAAAAAACAGGUUUUACAGGUGGUCAGUUGAGUCCAUUUCAGGGACUUUUUGUUUUGUAGGUCAGGUCAGGUCUGACUUUUCCUGGUUCAUUAAAUUUAGACCUCCAGUCGAACGAUUAUUUCCUCACAGUAAAGACUCAAAGUCGUUAUUUGUGGAAGUUACAGGUCAAUGAACGGGCUCGUACCUCUGCUUUUAGCUCAUGACCACGCCGCCGUGCUUUAAUGGUGCUAAUUCAGAGUACAGAACGACCCGCCGAGGCGAUUAGGGUGAGGAGUGGCAGACUAUUUGCAGGUUUGAGUUCAGGGCUGACGGAUUGCCGACGACAGCGUCUAGUUUUAGUCAGUAAGGAGCUUUCUGUCUGCGCUGCUCCCCUCAUGAAUGGAAGGAGCUGGAGUUAAAUAUGUGUAGCUCAGCUUAUGCAGGAGUGGAUUAGCUGGACAAUAACAGUGAGUGAAGUCAUGGGAUUCAGGAGCUGGUUACAGAAAGAUCCUUAUUUUAAAGGUUGCAUGUAAGAAAAAGAGUCUCGGCUCACUAUUUGCAUAAGCCAUCAGGUCCUACUUUGCAAAAUGCGUCAUCAAUAAAAAUGUUUAUUUAAUAAUUAUACGAGCAGGAAUACCAAUAUUAUCUGAAUUAUUUAAAAGUUAAAAAUACAUUUUGUUCCAGACGGUUGGAAAAAAAAACAUGCAAAUUCAGGAUGGAGCUCAAAUUGAAUAAUUUAUCUGGAAACAGAAAGUCCAAAAGUAAAAGAUUCAUGAAUGAUUAAAAUACAAAGAGUGUCCUUUUACCAACAAUGCAACUCGUCUUACAUCAUAUCCUCCAAGAAUGAUCAGAAUUACAUAAUUCGGCACAAAUUAACGCUCUCAUAAAAAGAAACACAUUGUGCCAAGACCAUUUGCAUAAUUGCAUUCCCCUAUUUAUUUUAUUAAAGCUUACUCCAGCUUGAAAAUUAAAUCUGUUUCUGCCCAGGCUCGGGCAAAAGGGCAAAUGAAAAUGAAGGGAAUGAAUCUUUGAUGGUGUUUUAACAUAAAUCCCACACAGCCGUGAUUAUUAAGCUAAAUUUGAUCUUUUUUUUUUAGCCUUAGUCUGUUUUUUUUUUUCCAUUUGCAAAGACAUGAAGACAGAGCCGCCCAAGCCUCAAUGGGGCUCUAAGAAAAAUUUGAUUUUGGGGUCCUCUGUUUCUGCCAAUAAUAUUGAUUGUUGAUCAUUCACACACCUACUACAGUAUAAAUUAAAUGCACCUGACAUGUCUUUACACAUUUAAGGGGGUGGUCUAGGUAAUAACAUAAAUAAUACCAAUAUAACCAUACAAAUAAUACCAAUGAAUGAUGUUCAGGGUGCCACAUAUGGUUUUAAUCUCAAAGUGCAACACAUUCAGCUACAAGAGCGGCCUGGGGUUGAUUUUCACAACAUACCAAGUAAUAAAGCAUUGUGUUCGCUGUAGGGCCCGACCGAUAUGGAUUUUUUGGGGCCAAUGCCGAUACCGAUUAUUAGGGGGGAAAAAAAUCUGAUCGGCGAAAAUCAGCGAGUUUUGGCCGACUACCGAUUUGUCUCAAACGGGCUAAAACUGGCCAAUUUAAUCAGCUCGCCGAUAAAUCGGUUGGGCCCUAGUUUACUGUAAAAGUGCCAUCAUAGGCCUACAUCAGCAGCAGCAGUAAAAUAUUUUAAUUUUAAUUUUUACAAAAAGAUAUAUUGGAUCAUACAGACAGCACUACUCAUAAAUGCAAAAAAAUAAAAAACAUUUAUUAUUAUUAUUUUUUUAAUUGCUCUUGGGGGCCCCCUACUGGCCACAGGCCCUAAGCAGACUUCUCACUAGAAAAGAAAAACAAAAGAGUUGAGAAAUAGUCUCGUGAAAAAGCUGCAGCAGCAAAGUCACUCCAGUGCCUUAGUUUGGUUAGUGUAGUUUAAGCAAACAUAACACUUCAAUGUGUGAUACUUUUUAAUCCUUUUUUAAUAGUUUUUUGUCAUUUUAGAAGGAGUUUUUUGAGUACUUUUGUACGGGGAUGAUGUACGGGGACAUCGGCGACGAAUGGAAAAGCUCCUCUCUGUGAUGCUCACAGCUGUUGCUAGCCCAGCUUUUUAGCACCAAAGAGAGGGAAUGCAGGUGUGGUUAGAGCGGUGAAACAAAUGAAUGCAGUGAAUCAUGGAGAAGUAGUUUCAUUCAGGCUGAUUAAUGAACUGAGUCACCCUGCACAGCUCGGCCCCCGCAGCUUCAAAUCAAUGAGUUUUUCGCAGACAUGAAGGCAUGCAGGUCGAACGGAGACGGGUUCGAGAGAAAAAGUGGAGGUUUGGGGGUCAGCUGACAGGAGCUGCUGAUAGCUGCACAGUUUCAGAUAAGACAGGUCGUGGGAUGACUUCCAUACCUGCGAUUUUGCAGCUUGUGUGACAGCACCACCUGCUGCCCAAGAAAGACUUUGCAGCUAGAUUACCCUGCAAACCUCGAGACCAUGAUGCUUUUCGCUUCAAAGCAUAAGAUCUACACAGAUACAUCUUUGUUUCAGAGAUGAAAAUACUGCAAUGAACUGAAAAUACUCUUGAACCCCAGUGACUAAAGUUUGUUUAAAGAACACAGGAGUUGAUCGUCUACUUUUGCCCUAAACAUGCCCCAAAACUCAACAAACUGCAAGUGAAUCAGGCCUCACUAAAAAAAAUUUAUCUUGUGGAUUUUGUGCAAAAACUUGGCUCAAUAUCUCUCCUUGUCUGAGUCUUUAAACAUCCUCUCUACUGGGUUCAACAGAAGUGAAUGAAAAUCAGGCCAGAAUCUGGAUUUCGUGUCCCUGUUUGCUCUUAAACCUCAAGGUCUUGACAUGAAACAGGAAGUUGUUGUCACUCCCUCAUACUGCGUGCGAUCUGUUCCAAAUUUCAUAUGCAUGAGCAAUACCACUGAACAUAUAAACACACACUAACUUCUUAACUAUAGUUAUAGUGCCACCCUCUGGGGAUACAAGGUACUGACUUUAACAUACAAUAUCCAAGAUGCUCCAUAUUUCAUAUGUUCGAUGACGGCUCCAGCCUGAACUGAAUCAUAUUUAACUCUUGGUCUUCAGCAGUAUCUUCUCUUUUUAUUUAAGUGGACAUAUUUAUACUGACAGUCUAGGUUUGUACAGAUUUACACUUUUUAUUUGGUCCACAGGGGCAGCUGAUUUCAGAGGCACCACCAAACCUCAUUGAAAAAUACGGCAAUUCUAGCUCAAGGUUGUUGCGUUAGCGUUUUGUGUUGUUGUGGUGUUGUUUUAGUAGUUGAACACCAAAGUCACACAAUAUUAGCUCACUCCGGCAAAGGUAAUUUUGUGUGCAACUUAAAAUUGUAGUGUGAGGUUUGGUUUAUAGUGAGGUUUGGUGACAUUGAGGAGAGUUAGGGCUGUCUCCGGCUCAUAUUUGUUGUCUCAAAAAUACUAAUUUUUUGUUGAAAAAGGUUGUUGCUGUAGAGAUCCUUUGUGUGAUUUUUGUCAAGCUAUUAAAAUGACAGUGUGAGCCAGCCAGUCAGUGAUGGACACAAGAGCGUUUAGUGAGCCUGUCUGGAAAGAGAAGCACUUUUGAAGUCUUUUUUUUUCUUAUUCAGACCUCAAAAUUUGUUAAAAUUUGACCCUCAACUCGACUGUUAAGAGUCGUGAGGAGUCUGCAUGUUUUAGAUUUGUUCAACAGCACCCCCUGCUGGUUCGAUGUUUUGCCUCAAGCAGAGCAGUCACCUCAUUUCACAUCCACACCGAUGCACAAGCUCCAGUCUGACAUUUCUUCAUGGAUCAGCAGCUGAACCGGAGCUUGUGAGCAGAGAGGGAAGAAAGGCGGCAUUCAGCUCCCCCUCUGAGGCCUCCUGCUCGGAGCCUCUCCUCAGAUACCCCCUCUCCUCCUCCUCCUCCUCCUCCUGUGUCGUCUGUCAGGCUGAGAGGGCCUCGCUGAAAGGCUCCACAUUACAUAAUCAAUAAUGGAAACCCACUUUUAACUUUGAUGAAGACUUUUCUUUCAUAAGAGUCCAAAUCUGAUGGUUUUGAAGUCCACACCCUGCUGAUUCUCUCCACUCUCCCAGAUAAUAAAAGCUUUUAACUCCCUUUCUGUGCGCUGACUUUUAGCUAACGUGUUCGCUCUCUCUGUGUUUUGUGACCUCAGCCCGGGACACUCCCAGCCCCAUUGACCCAGAGUCCAUCCAGGUGCCCCUGACCUAUGAGCCGGACCCCGCCGACCUGGCUCUGUCCAGCGUCCCCGGCCAGGAGAUGUUUGACCCCAGGAAGCGCAAAUUUACCGCAGAGGAGCUGAAGCCUCAGCCCAUGAUCAAGAAGGCCCGCAAGGUUUUCAUCCCCGAGGACAUGAAGGUGAGGCAUGCUCGCUCUUUCAGGGGUGAUAGGAGACCAGAUCUGUUCGGGGUCUGCUGUUAUGUAAGCGGGUCUGAGGCCUGCUGGACCCCGAGGGUAGGAAGAUCAUAGGCUGAAAACUUCACGCUCAAACACAGGGAGCUCAUUAAAAGUGAAAAUAACAGCCUCAGCAAAUGAAAAAGUGAAAACAUGCAAGAACGAGCUGUGGGAGUCAUUUCCCAACAUAUAAACUUUUACCACGAUUGAAAUUUGGUGGAAGUUUAAUAGAAACUCCAGCAAAGUCAGAAGUUAACAUUUCUAACGCGUUGACAUUUCUUCAUCACCUUAUCUUUGUAAAAUUGUUGGAAAAAAAACUCUGACAAACAAAAAUUCAAGAUAUUAAACAUUAAGAUGGAGAGAAGAAAUACACAUAGAAGAAAAAGGGAAAAGGAAAAGGAAAAAAAGACGUAGAAGUGAAUGAAAUGUUUCGAAACCAAAGAAAAAACACAAAAAAUAGACUGUACAAAUCAACAAAAAAGAUGACGAAAGGGUUCAUCAAAAGAAAAGAUGAAGUUCAAGGAAAAUUUCAGAAAAGACUGGAAGAAAAACUAUUAAAGGAGCAAAAAGAAGUCUUAGAUAUUUUAUAUGAAACAUCUGCGUUUUUCAGUCAGCCUUAAGGUCCUUACACACCGGGGCCGACGUGAAUACAAAACGCGAAAUUACGAAAUAUUCAGAGGCGGAGUUGUCCUUCGGGACGUUAUCUUUGUCAUAUUUGUGUCUUUUAUCAAAAAGCACUCUGUUCUCUGACAUGUAAACAAUCAGCCGGUCGGCCAUGUUGGAUAUACUGGUGAAUCUGACAUUGCAACAACACGCAAUCUGAUUGGUCAGAAGUGGACACACAGUAUGCAAAACUUUAGAAAAAUCGACCAUGAGCUGAAAAAAAUAAAUGCCGCAAUAUCGCAGGACGGGAAAACGUCGCUGAUGUGAACGCUUGUAUUGACAGGAUACGGGAUAAUCGCACGACAAAAAUGCUCCCGGUGGGAAAGGACCUUUAGUCAGGAGAUUUGAAAAAAAAAAAACUUUUUUGUCUGUAUUAAGUUUUCAUUUGUUCCUUCUGCUCCUUCAGGACGAUAGGUACUGGGCCCGGCGCAGAAAGAACAAUGUCGCAGCCAAGAGGUCACGGGACGCCCGGCGGCUGAAGGAGAACCAGAUCGCCAUCCGCGCCGGCUUCCUGGAGAAAGAGAACGCCGCUCUCCGCAUGGAGGUGGCGGACAUGAGGAAGGAGCUCGGCCGCUGCAAGAACAUUCUGGCCAAAUACGAGGCCCGACAUGGGCCCCUGUGAGCCCCUCAAACCCCCCUGUACACCAACCCACACCCACUGUACACCCUGACCCGCCAUCCCUGAGUUUUAAGGACAAUGUGUCUCUUUUUGUGGCACUGCCCCCGUCCUCCUUCACCUCCCCGCUGUCCUCCCACAGACCUCCUCCCCUCUCCGACCUCCACACACAUCUGUAUGAUUCUGGUAUUAUGACUGUCAUUUUGACUUCUAUCAUAAGCUUCAAUUCAUCUGUUCCUUCUUUGAUUUCUGUACACAUUGUUUGACUAAAUAUAAAUAUAUAUAUACAUAGAUAAAUAUAUGUAUUUACACAUGCAUACUUCCCACUUUAAUGUACUGUGAGGAGUUAUGAGCCAACCCACCAGCUGAGUCCCCACCCCUCCCCUGCCUCUACCUUCCACUUUUGAGAAAUGAUGCCAUGCUGUUUGUUCACUUUCAUACCGAUUUUAUACAUGAGAUCAGGACUGAAAACCCCCUACUCCCCCUUUUUCUCUUUUUCUUCUUCUUCUUCUACUUCUGUGUUUUAUUGUGUGACGUGUCCGAGAGCCUGACUUAAACCUCCCAAGUUUUGUCUUUUUUAAAACCAUGUUCUUCGUUUUUCUCCCAUCUUCUCUCUGUGACCCAUUUUUCUUGAUAUUUACUUUUUUUUUCUUUUUGGUUGUCUUAACUUUCUACUGCUCUACAGGAGUGUUCAAAGCAAAAGUAAGAAAAUUUGUCUUUAUUUCACUUCAGCACGUUAAACUCUCAUGAGAGUGGCAGCUUUACUGCAUCUACUUUAACGCUGAAACCCCAAUAUCUUGAUUGAUACUAUCACAAUAAACGGGUCAAAAUAAAGCUGAAACAGCCACGUGAUGUUGCAGAUUUUUAAAAAGUAAGAAAAAAAGUUUUGACAGAUUUGUAAGCAGCAGGUGAAGCAAUUACUCUUAAAAUGUUUGUUUUUUUAAUGGGGUUUUGUUAAGGAAAUCUAAUUAUUGAUUUUGCAAGAUUUCCACCCACGUUAUUGAACUAAAAUGAGCAAUUUAAGCUGAUUUUCAUCUGCAACGGCUUGAUAUUUUUAUGGAACUUCACAUUAUAUGUACUUUACUUCUGGUCUGAACACUGCCAACCAAACCUCUCUGCAGCUUCAUGCAUUUUAAACCCCCUUUCUCUCCUUCUGUGCAGUCGUGGUUCAGAUUUGCAGGUUUCUGUUUUCUUCAUCACCCGGACACUGAGCAAUAAUAAUUCCUGUCCAGAACUAAACUAACGUGACUACCUAUGUUCCUUACCCCCUCCUGAUCUCCCCCUUUCUCUCAUUUUCUCUCACCUUUUGUUAACUAAGCUCACCCUUAGUUAACCUCUGCACUAAUGCGUGUCUCACAAUCUGAUCCGCUGAUCCUCACUCAAAUUUCCUCAUAUUUAUCUACCUUUUAUUUCUCAGAUGGAAGAUUGUUGUUUUUUAUAUAUAUAUAAAUAUAUGUAUUCUGUUGAUAUAAUUGUUAGUAUUAAUACUACUCUUGACAUUGUCGUUUAGCCUCCUCCUCCUCCUUGUUUUCAGACUUAAGCAUGAUUUUCGAAAAAGCUUUUCGCUAAUCUUUCCUUCUCUUUCUUUUUAUUUUGCAAAGUUGUUGAUAAUUCUUUCGGCUUCUGUUCAACUUUAGCAUGAUUAAUAUGAGUGUUUUAUUUUAGAAAUCAAUACAGAUGUCUGUAGUCUCUCAUCGUAGCUCUAUGUUUGCCCUCUUUUUUCAAAGAUGGCUGUAUGAAUGUAAAAGAUGUUGACACAAAAACAAAAGUUGGAUGGUGUUGUCCAAUACUGUGGUUAACCCAAUCAAUUUGUUUACUGCAGACCAAAACGAUUCACAACAGAGAUGAUAUAUUGGUUACAAGAGAUAUGUUUAUAUAAACCGACUCUAUAAGUUGUUGUUUUUGUACAGUAUUUUUCCUAUACAUUACUGAACUAUGUAUUUUAAAGGCACAACAGAUCCAGAAUAUUAUUAAAGAAUACAAGUAUAUAACUCAAAGACAAAUGCAUAUAGUGGUAUUUUGAUAGUCUAUAUUAGCUGGAAAAAUGUGGUAGUUUUACAGAGAUUUGUGGCUAUUCAGCAGCACUCAAACCUCCAGGGCAUUAUUAUUAUUAUUAUCAUGAUCAUUAUUCCUCCGCCAUGUCAUUAAAAUCACAUCAAACUCCAAUGGAAGCAGGAGUCCAGAAGAGAGAAUGUACCGUUACUGCCCACUUUUUAAAAAAAAGAAAAUCAUCCAGAUGAGAAAGACGACUUCGGUUUACAAUGCCGAUUUUCUCCCUCAAACAUUUCGCAGCUUCGAGUCUUUGUGUUUCUUUCUGGGAUGAAGUUGCGAUGAAGGAAAGGAAGUCUAUAGCUGGUAACUCUUGCUGCUGCUCUGUGUGUGAAGUUUCAGUCAGAGUCCCCCCUGCCCACUCCUUUAAAUGGUAGCUGUGUUCUGCAAAGCUUUCUGUUAGAGCUGGAGGGUAGGAUGCAACCUUUUCCUGAUUUUAAAGGCUGAUGGUGACUUUUCUGAUAAUGCUACGGAGGUCAAAAGAUGCCAAUUUUAACAUGAUUCAAAUGUUAAAAAUUUCAAAUAUUUAGACUUUAAUAAAUUCUAACCCCUGCUAACAGAUUAUUAAGUACGUAUAUUGUUAUGUUGGUGAUAGCAUUGCCGUCUACCAACAGGAACAACUUUAUAGUAUUAGUUUUUUUAUGGCAACCUCUUGGUUUAACAAGAAAGAAAGAAAGAGAGAGAGAGAAAAGAUUUUUUUAAAAUAAAAUUCUUAGAUUUUUUUCUGCUUUGCUGAUUAAAAUAAAUUUCACAAUGGAAAGCUCUAGCUUAAAAAAUGAAUAAGAAAAAAAAAAGGAAUCCGGAAAAGGUAGUCUGGUUUGAAAUGAUUUCUUCUAAUUUUUGGUUCUCUGCCAAACUGAUGUAGGAUCACUAAAAAUAUAUACAUGAAAAAUCUGACAAUUUUUUGUUAUUACAAAAUAUUUAUGUCUAUAAUUAAUUUUAGGCAUGAACGUUUUUUAACAUCACACAUUAAAGGCAAACCAAGAUUUUACUUCAGUUUGAGUGUCAGACUUUUAUCUCUUAAAGUUGAAGCAUCACUUUUUUACUCUAAAGACUGAAACACUCUAAAAACUGAUUCAAAUCCCCUUUUCAGCAAAAUUAGGAGGCAUCAUUUUUUUCUCUCUGUCUCUCACAGGAUUAAAAAAAAGGAAAACAUGUAAUUGCCAAACAGAAAAUUUGAUAAACAACCGUAAUAAGGCUAAAUUUGUACCUUUUUUUUUAAAUGGCAGCUUUGACAUCCAUAAUUCAGCUCAGAUGUAUGUUUUGAGGAAUCACUUUUCCUUUCUUUUUAAAGUUUAAAAAAAAAGAAACAAAAACAUAACUAAUAAUAACAGGAAGACUUGUUGCACUAAACAUUAUUUUAACUUUACUUUUUGCUUGACACUAAAUUUGACAUCCAUAAUCUAUGCCGAGUUGUUUUUUUAAUUUUGAGGCACCACCUUUACUCUUUUCCACCCAAAGACUACAAAAGCAGACUUAAGACCACUUUGAACAGGAAAGUUUGGUGCACCAAACUUUGUUUUUCAUUUUUAAAAACUCUUAGUUUUAAAAAAGUGGCGAUCCAUGACUUCCGUACAACUGGGUAGAGCCCUUUAAAACUUUGAGGCAUCGUUUUUCCUCUUUAGGGUGAAAUUGUUUGUAAGAAAAAGCAUCGUCAGCCUGAGGGAAAAGUCCGAUUCGUUGGUGAAAUCUUCAUCUCGGCUUGAAUGAUCUGAUCCAAAGGUGUGCGUGUGUGUCUGUGUGCACGUGCGUGUGUGUGAGACGUAAAAUAAUUAUUUUCUUAUCACUAAUGUCUUUGUAUUUUUGCGCUUUAGAGGGUGUUUCCCUUCUGCAUCCUUUCUGCACAGAGUGAGAACAGGGUUUGUCAAGGAGAGAGAAGACUGGAUAACAUUUAUAGGAAAAAGCCAAUAAUUAAUCCACGCGUAUCCCAAAAUUACCUCACUGUCGAGUGAUUCACUACCUCACCCGGAAAUGUAAACCAUAAUUCUGAGUCUAUUCCAGUGCCUUGAAUACACUGACUGUUCCCCAGUCUCUCAGCAAUGUAAAGUUCUCAUUACCAAUCGGUUUUUUGCUUCAGACCUGCACUGAAGGGCUUCUUAGUGCAUCGAAAAUCGAUUUAUUACACAAACACACGCGACUCUUCAUUUCUUAUUUUGGACAUUGCAACAGACUUGUAACCAUUGUAUUCAUGGCAACACCAACGGACUGUUUCAGAGUGUAAAAACCACAACAGAGGGUGUAUUACCUGUUUGUCAAGGAAUGGAUAACAUAACAUUUAUUUGUGCUGUUCAGCCCUCAGCCUCUCCGUCUCUCUGUAAUUUGUAGUGUCUAAUAAAAUCCCAAUUCUUUUCUGAUGUGUC